AGCAGCGCUUCUAUGCGCGGCGGCGAAGCUCUUCCGCGCGUUUAAUCCCGUCCAAGAAGAAUGCCGUUGAUGCAUCGCUUCCGCUCUUGUGCUUGAGAAGAUGGCAAUGGUUUCGCUCCCACCUAUCGCCCGCCUCGCUCUCGCCCGCGCAACGGCUCCCGUCCGCAGCCAGCAUGCCGCUAUUCACAGUUCCUCUGCGCGCCUCUCCAAAGCCCUUCCGCCGCGGCCAGUCCUCGUCGACUCGGAUCUCAUAGAAAACUUCCUCAAGGGGUCCGGGCCUGGCGGGCAGAAAAUCAACAAGACGUCUUCUGCCGUGCAACUCAAGCACAUUCCCACGGGCAUCGUGGUCAAGUACCAGGACACGCGGUCGAGAGAGGUCAACCGCAAGAUGGCAAGAAGAAUUUUGCAGGACCGUAUUGAGGAGUUGGAGCUAGGCGAAAAUGCAAGGACAAGGGUCAAGGCCAGGGAGAAGAGCAAGAAGAAGGCGAGUGCGGCCAAGAAGACGAGGCGAAAGUACAGGGCACUGGAGGACGCGAAACGGGCUGCUGGAGAAGAUGGACCUGUCGAAGAAGCUGGUGUGCCAGACACGAAAGAGGACUAUGCAAGCAAGGACGGGACAGAAUCGAGAUAGAGGCACGCAGCAUGGAAAAUGGGAAGCCAGACGGCCAGCUGCGAAGAGACGGCCUAUCGCUGUACAGGCAUACACAUGGCGGAUAGCGAUUCAACACGCAACAUCAAGCUAUCACAUCCAAUACGACGCGUCUUUG